UCAGCUGUGUCCAAUCACAGCUGAUCACUGAUGAUCAGUGUGCCCUGAUGAUCUGUGUAGCCCCAGCAGCGCCACCUGUCAGUGUCCAUCAGUGCUAGCUCUCAGUGCUCAUCCAUGCAACCUGCCAGUGCCACAUUUCAGUGCCACAUCAAUGCCACAUAUCAGUGCCUAUCUGAGCUGCCUUUCAUUCAGUGUCACCCAUCAGUGCCAACUAUCAAUGCCAGUCAGUGCCACCUACCUAUCAGUGCCGCUUAUCAGUGUGCAUCAGUGCCGCCUAUCAGUGCCCGUCAGUGCUGCCUAUCA